UGAAAGCAGUUUUCAUGUAUUUCAAUAAGACAUAUUUUUCUAUGAGCAAGGUUUGAUUGACAGAAGGUUCGUUGUCGCUGCUGCCUGUUACAAGUAGUUCGUUCACCUUUUGACUUUUGCUUAACGGGUAGCUCGCUAGAUACAUAUUUAGAUAGCAAAUGUAUUGACAGUUGGGUUUAGUCGGUGACUAUUUGCUAACUAACAUUAGCUGCAUUGCAAGCUAACUAGUGCAGCAACUGGUGGUGAUGCAUGGACUGAACAGUAGUCUCGUCGUUGCAGCUGGAUAGCACAACAGAAUGGAACUUCGUUCUCUUUUGACAAGACUUUAUCAAGCAAGAGCACAAUCCAUGGAAGACGCGACAUUAAAUACCAGUCAAAUAUGGACCAAGAAAAUGAUACGGAACGUUUUUGUGCAGUUGUUAUAACGAGGUAGCUAGCUAGCAAGCCAGGACAUUGGAUAAAUACAACAGCGUUGCAAGUGAAACACCUACAUAGCAGCUUGACAGCUAAACUUGGUCUGUCUGUGUGCGUGGAGUGCCUAUGGCGGAGUUUGGAGAGAACGACGGCUCAUCUCCAUCGAAUACUGGGGAUUCGGUGCCUUUGCCCAGUGAUAAAACAGACGGGAAGACGCAGUGCGAAGUAUCGGUCUUCAAUGGGGACUGUGGGAUACCGGCAGACAUGGUUGGAUCAGAAACAUUACAUGACAGCCCAGGGCUUGAAAGCGCCUUCAACUCCUCUGUCAGAUUGGAUUCCAAAUCCGGAAUACCACGCAGGAGCAGCAUUAUAAAGGAUGGCUCGAGGCAGCGCAGAGAGAGGAAGAAGACUGUUUCGUUCAGCAGCAUGCCCACUGAGAAGAAGAUCAGCAGUGCGAGCGACUGCAUCAACGCCAUGGUGGACGGCUCUGAACUGAAGAAGGUCCGCUCCAACUCCCGCGUUUACCACCGCUACUUCCUCCUGGACGCCGACAUGCAGUCUCUAAGGUGGGAACCCUCCAAAAAAGAGUCAGAGAAAGCCAAAAUUGAUGUCAAGUCCAUCAAAGAGGUGCGGACAGGGAAAAACACAGAAACGUUUAGGACCAACGGAAUAUAUGAUCAGAUAUCAGAGGACUGUGCCUUCUCAAUCAUCUAUGGGGAAAACUAUGAGUCUUUGGACUUGGUUGCAAACUCUGCCGAUAUGGCCAACAUAUGGGUGACCGGGCUUAGAUACCUGAUAUCCUAUGGGAAACACACCUUGAAUAUGAUUGAAAGCAACCAGAACAACAUGCGCUCCUCCUGGCUCGGUGACCUCUUCGAGGAGGCUGAUGCCAACAACAGCAAGCACAUCAGUCUAUGUGCUGCUGUGCAGCUAAUUAAAAACCUAAACGCUGGUCUCAAAAACAUUAAGAUUGAACUCAAGUUCAAGGAGUUUCACAAAUCUAAAGAUAAGGUGGGGUGUGGUGUGACUAAGGAGGAGUUCAUUGAAGUCUUUCAUGACCUUUGCACAAGACCAGAAAUGUAUUUCCUUCUUGUCCAGUUCUCUAGCAACAAGGAAUUUCUAGAUACCAAGGACUUAACUAUGUUUCUGGAGGCUGAGCAGGGUAUGGCACAAGUAAGUGAAGACACCAGUCUGGAGGUCAUUCAGAGCUAUGAACCUUCCAAAGAGGGGCAGCUCAAGGGCUGGCUCUCCCUUGAUGGGUUUACCAAUUAUCUCAUGUCACCAGAGUGCCACAUCUUUGACCCUGAACAAAAAACAGUGUGUCAGGACAUGAACCCCCUGUCCCACUAUUACAUCAACGCUUCCCACAACACAUACCUGAUCGAGGAUCAGUUUAGAGGCCCCUCUGACGUUACAGGGUACAUCCGUGCCCUCAAGAUGGGCUGUCGUAGUGUAGAACUAGAUGUCUGGGAUGGACCAGAUAAUGAGCCUGUCAUUUACACUGGCCACACAAUGACCUCGCAGAUAGUCUUCCGCAGUGUCUGUGACGUCAUCAACAAAUAUGCCUUUGUUGCAUCUGACUUUCCCCUGAUAUUGUGUCUGGAGAACCACUGCUCUUUAAAGCAGCAAAGGGUCAUGUUUCAGCACUUGAAAAAGAUUAUUGGUGAUAAGAUUCACAUGAAACCACCCUCAUCUGAGGACAGCUACCUGCCCUCACCCUUUGACCUCAAGUGUAAAAUCCUGCUGAAAGGGAAGAAGCUGGGCGCGAUCUGCAUCGGCUCAGAGGGUGAAGUGACUGAUGAGGAUGAGGGGGCUGAGAUGUCCCAAAGAAUGAACAUUGAAGCCGACGAACAACAGAGCAUACCACUGAAAAAGUUCCAGCUGUCCAAGGACCUCUCUGAUCUGGUAACGUUGUGUAAAUCGAUUGCGUUCAAAGACUUCCCAACAGCUUUCCAAAGCCAGAGGCACUGGGAACUUUGCUCGUUCAAUGAGGUUUUUGCCAGUCGCUGUGCCAGUGAAUUCCCAGGCGACUUUGUUAACUACAACAAGAAAUUAUUGGCGAGAGUCUACCCCAGCCCAAUGCGGAUUGACUCCAGUAACAUGAACCCUCAGGACUUCUGGAAGUGUGGUUGCCAGAUCGUGGCAAUGAACUACCAGACCCCCGGCCUGAUGAUGGACCUAAACAUUGGCUGGUUCCGUCAGAAUGGGAACUGUGGUUAUGUGCUGCGACCAGCCAUAAUGAGGGAGCAGGUGUCAUAUUUCAGUGCCAACACUAAAGACUCAGUGCCUGGUGUGUCUCCUCAGCUCUUGCACAUAAAGAUCAUAAGUGGACAAAACUUCCCCAAACCAAAAGGCUCAGGCGCCAAAGGAGAUGUGGUUGACCCUUACGUCUAUGUGGAGAUCCAUGGCAUCCCUGCUGAUUGUGCAGAGCAAAGGACUAAAACUGUCAAUCAGAAUGGGGAGAACCCACUGUUUGACGAAAGCUUUGAGUUUCAGAUAAAUCUACCUGAGCUGGCCAUGGUGCGCUUUGUGGUGCUUGAUGAUGACUACAUUGGCGACGAGUUCAUCGGCCAGUACACAAUCCCCUUCGAGUGUCUCCAGCCGGGAUUCCGGCACACACCGUUACAAUCGCUAACGGGAGAAGUCCUUCCCCACGCCUGGCUGUUUGUCCAUGUGGCCAUCACCAACCGAAGGGGCGGGGGCAAGCCUCAUAAGAGGGGACUGUCUGUGCGUAAGGGCAAGAGAAGUCGGGAGUACGCCACCAUGAGGGUGCUGGUCAUCAAGGCUGUGGAUGACAUCUUCAAGACAGCCAUACUGCCACUGAGGGAAGCCACCGACCUCAGAGAAAACAUGCAGAAUGCCAUAGUGCCCUUCAAGGAACUAUGUGGCCUCUCGGCGGUGGCCAACCUGAAGCAGUGCAUCCUGGCCCUGUCCUCCCGGCUGACAGGGGCUGACAACAACCCCCUCCUGGUGUUCAACCUCAAGGACCAGUACCCCACCAUGGAACCCCAGGGCCAGCUACCAGAUGUCCUGAAGAAGGUGGUCACCACCUAUGACAUGAUGAUCCAGACCAGCAAGACUCUGCUGGAGAACUCUGAGGGAGUCUAUGACCGAAUACUGCUAACCCAGAAAGCAGCGAUGGCGUUCCAUGAGAACCUCCAUGACAUGGCGGUAAAGGAGGGCCUGAAGGGCAGGAAGCUGGCCAAGGCUGUGGAGAGCUUCACCUGGAACAUAACCAUCCUCAAGGGCCAGGCGGACCUGCUGAAGCACGCAAAGAGUGAGGUCCAGGAGAGCCUGAAGCAGAUCCACUACGCCGCCCUCACCUGUAACCUCAGUAAGGACGGGCCUUCAGGGAGCACAGCGGGCUCCGAGUCCAGGACCCGACCACGCAGCCUGGACGCCAUCCCUGAGAAAGCCACGGGGGAGGACGAGCUCUCUGAGGAGGACAACUGAAGGCUUACGCCCUAAACCCUUCAUACCUCCAAGCCCCUUGCCCUACCCUAGUGGCAUACAUAAAUCUCCUUACCGCAGUCCUACACAAACCUAACUACAGUAUACCUGUUCUAGUGCCGUAUACAACCAUUCCAUUCCCACCCCAGUCCCACACAAACCUGACUACAGUAUACCUGUUCUAGUGCCGUAUACAACCAUUCCAUUCCCACCCCAGUCCCACACAAACCUGACUACAGUAUACCUGUUCUAGUGCCGUAUACAACCAUUCCAUUCCCACCCCAGUCCCACACAAACCUAACUACAGUAUACCUGUUCUAGUGCCGUAUACAACCAUUCCAUUCCCACCCCAGUCCCACACAAACCUGACUACAGUAUACCUGUUCUAGUGCCGUAUACAACCAUUCCAUUCCCACCCCAGUCCCACACAAACCUGACUACAGUACACCUGUUCUAGUGCCGUUGCCACACACAACUAUUCUUAUUCCAGUGCCGUAUACAACCAUUCCAUUCCCACCCCAAUCUCACUCAAACCUCCCUUUGCUUAACCAGGUACCACACAAAAAGCCCUUAACCCCUCCUGCCCACCUCAACGUCCAACAGCAAGAUGUUGCAGGUCAACUAGGAGGGUCAAGUGAACUUGCAGCCACGGGACAGUCUUAAAGCCGUGACCUACUGUAGAGAGAGUGCACUUAUUUACAGGCAGACCCCAGGGUCUGACCCUAGGAGAGCCGCUCUAAAGGGUCCAAGGAUUUCUUAAGCACAAUUUACGGGUUUCUGACCAACCAGAAAUUAGAGCUGUGAAUGUAAUAGGAAACAGGAACAAUGGAGAGAAGGAAAGAAGAAAAGGGAGGCGAGAGCUGUUUACAAUAAUGAACUUGUUCUUGUCUGCCAAAAUGGUAUGUUUAUAUAUGGAGUUCUGUUACUUUUUUUGCAGCGUGCUUCAUUUUAUUAUUGUAUUCUUGAGAAAUAAGAUUUAUUUUGUAAAGGAAAUGGCUCGUCCAUGAAAAAUAACUAUUUUAUUUGUCUGUACAGAUGUGAAAUUGUGGUGUCCUUUACACUUUCCCACUGGAGAGUUCCUUUGUCGAGACGAGGGACGGAUAGACUUUCAACCUCAGUGUGUGGUCCAAAGGGUGGCAGUCGGAGUCUUAAACACAACCAGCAACUGCUUAGGGAAGGAACCAUGGAGAGAAUAACUCGUUAGGUCUACGUUUUGGUAUCAUUUCACCAUUCCACGUGAGAGGCUUGAGUAAGGUGUACAAAGUAAUAAUAGCUUCUCAACCCGUCCUGGUAACAAACCAACACCCUAUUCAUGAAUACGGUUUCAUAUAUGACUGUGCCUCAUUGCUACAAAUCAGUCAACAAAAGGGAUGGAUGGUGAGGAAAGAGCUGUUCUUCCUCGCAUCCAUCUGUCUUAACCUGCUUUUGCCCACCAGUUGCUUCUAGUUUGUAUUUUGUUCAUUCUCUCCACAGUGCUGAAACAGCGUUGCUCCUGGUCAACUUUAGCCACCCACCACCACCUCUGGAUCUCACCCACCAGUGUUUUAACUGGGCCCACACUGGGACAAAAAGUCAUUCACAAACUUCAGUGCUGUGACAGUUGUAUUUAUAACUGUUGUUAACCAUUUUUACAGAUGGAGAGAAAAAGAAGAAAAAAAUACCGGUUUUGCUUUUCUGUUAAUUCCUGAAACCUUCAGAAUAAACCACGUUAAAUCGUU